AUGGCCUCACUCUGCAUGCGAUGUGCCCUUCGGCGGCGCCUUCAAGAGGUGUCGAGUACACGCACGUCUGCCCGCCGGACAUUCUCCUCGUCGCCGGCGAAGCGAAAAGGACCUCUACCGCAGUUCACUCCCACCUCCCAACCCGAACUCGACGGCAUCCUCACUUCCCUCCGCGAAAAGAUCCUCAUCCCCGCCGCCCUGGGCAACCGCGAGCGGAACCUCAUCUUCAAAGACAAACACGCGACUGCGCUGCGGGAGAAUCCGGAGUUUGUCACGAUUGGCGACGAGGAUGUGCAGCUGCAACACAUUGACCGCACGAAAGACGUACCGAGCUUGCGGAGAGAGAUCCUGCCCAAGGCCAUCGAGAUGAUGGCAAAUGGGGAGAGCGAGGACUGGAAUAAUCUGCCUGCGCUGCUCACGGGACUGAAGAAGGCGAAGCGGACGCCGGAGUACAAGGUCACGGGCAAGAUUGCGAGAAAGGCGAUCGAAGCGGGGGAGUUCAAGGUCAUAUUACGGUGUCUUCAGAAGCCUGAGUCGACGCAGAUGACGUUGCGGAAACCCGAGGUGCUGUACAAUGUCAUCUAUGCGCUGCGCAAGACGGCGCAAGACGAGCAGUGGAGUGAGGCGGCGACGUCAAAAGCUAUCAGAGAUGCACACACCGUCACCAUGUUGCUGGAAGACGCAGAGCACGGAAGUGGUAGUGAGCUGAGAGAGCAUGAUCCUCGUACAAGGCCGGAUAUUCUGGCCGUAUACCUCGAGCUGGCUGCGGUGUAUGCGGUGAAGCACCAGGAGGGCAAGGAUGUGGAUGGGAAGGUGAAGGCGUAUGCGGAGCGAGUGCUGUUCAAUAUGGCCGCACUGGAAGCGAAAGGGAGCACGGAACUCUACUCGCGCGUGAAGGUAUCCUCAACCGGGCCACAACGAGAGAUGAUGCGAGGGAUUCCAGUGUAUCACGGAUUGCGCCUUGCUAUGCAUGUCCUAGGGAACGAGAUGCCCAAUGCGCAGUUGGCACACCGGGUGGUGUCCGCGUGGGAGACGGGGCUUAGCGCGAUGGCAGACGGCUUAAGAGCGCAUGCGACGGAGAAGGCGGGAGGCAAGCAUCGCUGGCCGAAAAGCGGCACGUAUGGAUGGACGGCGCUGAGGGCAUGGAGGAGUUGCUUGCCCAUCGACAAAUGAGCGGCCACCUUCCGUACCUAUUCCGUCGAUGCCGACGCACCAGCAAAGGCAAUGCAUUUGCCCAUCGAGGCCGGGGGACAUUAUCAUGGCAUUGAUUGCGCGCGGCCGAGUGGGUACUUGUGGCCCGAAACCUUCCCCAUCCCACCCUCCACCCUGUUCUCGACUCUCCGCAUUCAUUUCACUAAUAAAUGACCAAGCUGGCGAGUGGGCGGCACUACGCUGGAUAGCUGGUGUUCUGGUGCGCGAACGGCGGAAACGAGUCAUUUUCCGGCGGAGCUAUCGCGAGCUAGCAAGGCUAGCCUGCCGGACCCGAAGCAGCGUGGGGUGGCAGGCGGCGUCAUCCUCCAUCCAGCCAAUGGCAUGCCCGCAGUGCCUGACUUAAACCCUAGCCUUCCACGAGCAAUCAAUGUAACAUCGACAUCUAUCCACGGC